CCGGGGACAUCAUUCACAGCAACACACUGGCGCUCAAAGCACAACAGGAAAGCGUGUGUCGAAUGGUUGAUUUUAUUUUUUAAAUAUUUUUUGCACACCGGAGGUAGCACCUGUUCAUGUGACAUCAUUUGGAUAAGAGUGAAGUUGGACCUGGACACGUAAAAUAUGGCUUUUCAGGUACCUGUUGUAUUCAACAAUGUUGUGGCCUCAUUUACAGUAGAGCAGUGGAUAAACCUGGCAGGUUGGAAGAAGGAGCUCUAUCACAAUGUAGUGAAAGAUAUCCAUAAAAUUCUAAAGAAACAAGGCUAUACGAUUAUUAAUCCAGAUGUUUUAUUCAACAUCCAAAAAACUGAUGAAUCUUGCAUUCGCAUUGACAGUUCACUUGCAGAAAGGGAACCUGAUGUUGUUAGAGAUGUACCUGAUCUGUUGCUAAGGUUGAAAGAGGAAUCUGCAGAAGAAGCUCACUGUAGUACUGAAAAACCUAAAAUCAAAGAGGAGCGUGAUACAGCUUUGCCUCCCAAAUCAUGUCCUGUCAUCACUUCUGUUGUUUCAUUAAGCAUCAAGGAAGAGCAGAUGGCUCGUGACGAGGUGGUCAAAGUUUCUGUACCAAGUAAAGCAAAUCCACCAGAAGUUCAAGAUGGCAGUAUGUUUUUUAUUAAGCAAGAGGAAGAAGUCUAUUCCAUAGACGAUUAUAAUACUGUGGGACUGGAGACCACUGUACAGGAAACAUCAAGUCCUACAGUAACAAUUAAGCAAGAAUUUGAUCCUUUACAUCAAAUUAAGCAAGAAGAAACCAGAGGGUAUCCUGAUAUAAUUCCUGUUGUGGUGAAAGAGGAGGAGGGAGAACCCAUGGAAGAAAUAUCAACCACAGUCAGUUCUGCUGCAGUAAUGGCUACAAACAGAAAAUCUCCUCCCAGAAAAUCGGAGUCUGAAGAAAUGAGAAGACUGCGAGCAAUUCUGGACCAUGAACGUCAUAAUCAACCAAUUCCAGAAUAUUUCCUGGACAUGCUUGCGUGGGACCCCAUAAAGCCAUUGGUUGACGACUCCGUGCCAGCUCCACCAGCAGUCAGAGUUGGGCAUGUACGCUGGUGUACCUGUGGUCUCUGCAUUUCCUUACCAACGGAUGAAGAAUGCAUUUGUUGUCGAGAUAUUGUAAACGUUCGGAAGCUGCUUUUGGAAGACUCUGAGUGUAUAUGUGAAAUUGAAUAUCUAAGAAAAGACUUGGUUUCCAAAGAACAUCUUACAGCACUCUACCGUUAUGGCUUAAGUUUUAGCAAGAAGCGCUUCAAGGGUGUAGAGCGUGAAAGUGAUUACAGGAUAACAGCCUACAGAGCUUUUACUAUGUGGGUACAUGGCUACAUGGGACGUAAUACUAAGAGACGCCCUAUUCCGUCAUGUGUAGUGAGACGAAUACGUGACAACUUUCCAGCGCCCGAUAAAGAUUUUUUUUGUGUCCGUCCUGUUUCAAGUGAUCCCUAUGCAGCAGAUAUGUGUGAUAUGUGGUAAUUCUUGUAAUAAAAAUGUUACAAAGAAUUGUUAAAUCAUUUUUUGUCUUUCUUUGUUUUUUGUUUUUUUAACCUUUGUCAACUACCAUUGCAAACACCCACAUUUUGUUAACAUUGGGACAAAUAGUGCACUAGAACAGAUGUUUUUCUUUCAGGAAUAAUGAAUAAACAAAGUUUAGAUUGCUAUUGAUCUGUGUUACCUCCACCUUUAAAAUACAGGUGGUGUGGGUGAUGUUCCUCAAAUGCUUAAUCGUCCAUUUGUCAGAGCAUUAUGGGUAAUAAAGUCCACAGCAGUUGUAGUAGAUGCAAAUGUUAGAGUCUAGUUGUUGUAGGCUGAUGAAUUUGUGAAAUUUGUCCAGUUGUUGAAUACAUUUGUUAUUUGUGAAAUUUACUGGUUUAGACUUGGCACCUUUCAAAUUACACUUUGCAGUCCCAGUGCCAUGAAUCGUACAAAUGCAUAUUUGGAAUGCUAUGUGUUACAUGUUUCAAAGUUAGGGGUGGCUUGGUCAUAGAGUAGCACCCCAUCAGAUUAGUGUUGCACAACUAAUGUAAUUAUUGAUUUACAAAUAAAAUGAUGACAAUAUGA